AUGGCCGCAACGACACCAAAACCAGAAUCCAUAGACACUUCUGCCUCAACCCCAUCACCCACAGACCAAGCAACACAGGAAGCCACAGAUGGCGUUGCGAACCUCACAGUGACCAAAAAGAAGCAGCGUAAGCAGCAGACUGAAGAAGAAUUCCAGGCUCAGAAAGCACAGUUUCUUGAAUCGGGACCCCGUAUCAAUACUCUAGAUUGGCUCUACGACCAACAAAUCCUAGAUAACCUUGAUAACCUGAAGAAAACCGAUCGAGUCCACAUGCUCCAUGCGUGUGAAAAGGCAUAUUACAUGCGUGACUACGACAAAUGCCUUGAGCUAAUAGCUCAGGCAGAGAAGCUUUUCGGAGUAGCACCCAGCGACAACAUCGAGGACAUCAAAAACGAUUUUGCUCUGGCGGGAAGGAAAACGAAAAAGUCUCUGAAAGUGGAACGUCACGUUGUGGAUCUCCUACACAUCAAAGAAGCCUGUCUAAAGAAGCGCCGUAGUCAAUAG